UUAUUUUGAUUGUUCUAUUCCGUGUAUUAGAUCCUUGCAAAUCGUGCCAUAAAAUUGCCGAGUUAAUCAAAGUUAAUUGAUCACUUAGACUCCGUUUGCGGAUACGAGUAGCAAUUUAAAACUAACUGCAUUUAUGUUUAUUAAAAGUAACGCACACUAAAAACGUAAAAUUGACCAAUAUAACGGCAAGACAAUGCAUGAUAUUUCGCUCUCACUCACAUUCUAUUAUUACUCGUAUAGUAUCUCUACUGCGUCACGCAACCACGCUACCACUUUGCAUAUGUGAGUGUUACGCUGAAAAAAAUAUGCGACAAAUGCUACUUGAGAGACGAGAAUGGGAAAAUGUCAGUUUGGUUUUAAGACAGAUAUAUUGUUACGGGAAUAGCUGUGUAUCUCGUACUUGACGAUUCCUGCAACAUUUUAGUCGUUCGGCAUGUUUAUAAAACAACUGUUCACAAAUUGCCGUUAAACAAUCCUUUGCAAGAGAGUCGUUAUCAUAAUGACUGGUUACAAAAUGGGAAGGUCUUAAUAAUUUAGAAGAACUUAACAAAGCAGACCCAUAGUACAUGUAACAUAUGUCACUUGUAUUACUGCUCUUGAACAAAAGCUAGGAUAUCAUGCUGGUACAUGUUUUGCGAGAAUACAAUGUCAAUAAGAUAUUUUUAUCACGUUUGGGCCUUUGGCCAUUUCAAAGUAAGCUCGUGAGAGAUUUGUUACCGACUUUUUAUCUCAUGCUUGAAAUUAGUUUCUAUCCGUUCGAGAUAUUAAUGGUAUACCAUCAUCGGGAUGACACGCAAAUGGUUUUCGAAGGUUGCUAUCAAUUGGUCAUAUCGUCUGCUUUUCUAGUACGACUUUGGAAUGAGAUUUGGAAUCGUAACAAGUUUCAAUGUUUAUACGAGGCUAUGAACGAUCAUUGGAAUAUAUUCACGAAUGAUUUGGAAGUGCGAAUUCUGAAAGAUUAUUCCAUUAUAUCACAAAAGUUUACGAUAUUUUACUCAAUUAUGAUGUAUCUUCUGAGUUCAAUGUUUAUAGUGAUUCCAUUGACACCGGCGUUCUUAGAUAUCGUGUUGCCUCUUAAUGAAUCGCGUCCACGAAUUCUGGCGGUCGAAGUUGAUUCCAGAAUAGAUAAAGACAAGCAUUUCGUGCCGCUUUUUUGUUACACUACUGCUAUAAUUGUGGUGGGUAUAAGCAUUAUGGUGGGCGCCGACACAAUGCAUUUCACGUGCACCAAUCAUGCGUGCAGUUUAUUCGCAAUUAUCGGUGAGCAAAUUGAAAAUAUUAAGUUAAAACUAGAUAUGGAAAAAUGCGAAUGUUGCAUGAAUAAAAAAUUUAAAUCGUCAAACGAACGGGCGAUAUAUCAAGAAUACAUUACAUGUUUAAAAAAAUACCAGCUGGCAUUAAAAUUCGUCGAUAUACUGAAUUCGACGCAUCAAACAGUUGCAGUGUUUUUUUUAUUAUUAAUUGGUGCAACCUUAAGUCUGAUUGGGAUUCGAAUUGUCUAUGUAUUAGACCAAAUGGAAGAAAUGAUUAGAUUUAUGUUCAUAAUUAUGGGAGCGUUACUACAAUUAAUGAUAAUGUGUUAUUCUGGUCAAAAGUUAAUAGACGAAAGUCAGAAUAUAUUCUACCGAGCAUACGCGGCAAAAUGGUACAUGUAUUCACCCAGAAUGAGAUCGUUGUUAAUCAUAACACUUUAUCGGAGUAACAUACCGUGCAGUUUGACUGCAGGUAAAUUAAUUCCGUUAUCGAUGACAACUUACGCCGCGGUAGUGCGAGCGGGCAUGUCUUAUUUCACGGCAUUCCUAUCAAUUAAAGACUAAUUAAUUUCAAAUGAUUCGAACUAAUCUCUCGCGACAUCUGUUCCUGCGUCAUUCUUCAAAGAUAUUUUU